AUGACUUAUUCAAUAGUUUUUCGCGAUAUUCGCCUAAGUGAAGUAUUAAGUUCGAAGAAGGUUUUGUUAUUGGAAUCUGGUGAUCCCAAACCGCUGGGUAAAACGAAACUGUACAGUAAUCGAGUGUCAGCUAUUACGCCGUCUUCGCUGGAUCUUUUCAAAAGAUUAGGCAUAUGGAACAAGCUACAGGAAUAUCGAGUAAAGCGAGUCGACCGACUUGAAGUGCUCGAUAGUUGCUCGAAGUCAGCAAUUCGAUUGCAACCGCCGGAUCCGAGAGACGAAGUCGCAUAUAUCAUCGAGAAUAACGCGAUGGUGGAAUUUUUGAGUGAACGAGUACGAGAAAAGUGUCAAAAUGUUGUGGUGAAAACGAAAAUGAAGGUAGAAGAUUGUUGGUGA